AUGAUUGACGACAUACCAGAGACUGGUGCCGUAUUUACCUUCGGCAAGUCCCACUUUGCGGACAACGAACCAAGCCAUUUCUUCAUCAAGAAUGAUCCAAUUGUCGCUAUUUCAUGUGGGGAUGAACACAGCGCUGUUAUAUGCCAGAAUGGCCGCGUGUUUGUUUUCGGCGCGAAUGUUUGGGGUCAAUUGGGCCUUGGUCAUAAAGACGAGGUAACAAGACCCAGCUGUGUGAAAUGGCUGAAACCACAUCGGACGAUGUUCGUGGCUUGUGGGAGAGCACAUACUAUUUUUGUUACUGAUACAAAUGCGAUAUACUCUGUCGGUUGUAAUGAAGAGGGUCAACUUGGAACGGGGGAUAUGGAGUCACACACUGUACCACAGUAUAUUGAACUUACAGUGGACCAGGCUAUUCGACAAGUGUCAGCGGGGAGCAAUCAUACUGCUAUUCUUACUGACGACGGCCGAGUAUUCAUGUGUGGGUCCAAUACCGAAGGUCAGCUUGGACUGGGCGAGGACACUCGCACCUCCCUUAAGUUUACUGAACUCAAGUUCAUGGAGACAAUAGCCUUUGUUGAAUGCGGGUAUUAUCACACUGUUUUUAUUACUGCUAAAGGAGCAGUAUUUGUAACGGGGGACAAUGAAAACCAAAAGUUGGGGAUUCCAGACACAGCCUCCACAAUUUACGUACCUCAAGUACUUCCACUCAACAUAGAAGUUAAGAGUGCCUGUUGUGGUGCCAAUCACACUUUCCUUCUCUCAAUGGACGAAACAAAAAUUUUGGCUUUUGGAUCGAAUGAGAAGGGGCAAUUAGGAAUGCCUAAUACAAUUGACAACGUAAUAAAGCCGACAGAAAUUAAUAUGGAAAAAUUGUUCGACGGCUUUCAGUUGAAGUUAGUAGCUUGCGGGGCAAUGCACACUGCAUUUGUAACUGACCAUGGGUUACUAUACACAUGUGGCGAGCCGCGUCACAGUAAACUUUGUUUGGACGAAAUUGACGCCGACAGCUCAAACGAUUUCCCCAAUCAAUACUCGCCGAAGCGGGUCAGUGCUAUGAAUGGCUUUGUUGUUGAUAACGUGGCUUGUGGUGGCUGUCACACGCUACUUACAGCAACCAAAGGCUCCAACGCAGACUUCACCAAUAAUGAUUUUAUUGUAAACCAGUCGAAGCCGAUAUCUAUCACAGAACUACCUCCUUUACAAAAAAUUCCAACAAUGAAAUCUGACGAAAAAAUGGACUUAGAAAAACCAACAGAGGAAACAAAUAACGAAGACAUCGGAUCUAUCGAUUCAUUAGAAGCUAAUGUUAGCGGUUCACAUAUAGUCAAUAUAAACGACCUUGAAACAACAAGUAUGCAUGAUGUACUAGAUUUAAAGACCGAUGAACCUGAUAACAAGGUAAUUGACGUUUCAACCGCUAUUGAAAAUGAAAUUUCAUCUACCACUGCAUCUAUAGAGACCACAAUCGAAAAUUUAAUCACCACUGCCGACCAUAAAAGCUCAUCUAUCGAAAAGGGUAUGUCGGAAAUGGCAGAAAAGGCAGAAGAAAUAAAAGAUAAAGCAGUAAUCGAAAUAAAAAGUAUGGAAGACAAAGCUAAUGAGAAAUUUGAAAACAUUAUUCAUACUGUAAAAGAGACCACGAAUGACAAUAUAGUUAAAGUAGAAGAAGUGAUUACUAAAACGGUGGCUUCUAUAGAUCCUGGUUUUCAUAAGGAAAACAAAGUAUUAGAAGUUCCGGAUAAAACUGAGCUUACACACUCUCCUCCGCCGAAGACUCCAAUAAUACAAGACCUUUUGGAAAUACCAGAUAUAUCUCAUAUGAGCCCCAAUAUAAGUAAGCACAGUGAUCAAAAGAGCGAUGGAGAGCAGUCCGAAAAUGAAACAAUUCCUUGUGGCUCUGACAAAUCCAGCCCUCAAGCUAAAACGAAGACUCAAGCAGUUAUGCCAAUUGUAAGAAAUGAAGAUCAUAUAGAUCAUGAAGACGUCGUUGUAAAUAAAAUUGAAGAAAAAGGUCGUUUUGCACGUAUGUUUCAGUCAAUUCGAGAUAAAGAAAACUCCUGCAUUGGUAAAGGGAAAGUGAUAGAAGAAAAAGUUACUGAAAACGUACACAAAGGUCUCGAAACAGCAGAAGAAACUGUUCAUAAAUUAGAGGAGACUGUGGAAACGGAAAUUCGGAAUCAAACAAAUUCGCGAACUUGCAAUAUAUUGUAA